AAAAAAAGCCUUUCCUUUUCACUGUCUUCAAUGCAGUGACUCUCUUUCUCUCUCUCUAUCUCUCUUACCACACCUCCUGUUACCUUCAAAACCUUCUCAAAUCUCCUCUAUUUAUUCAUCCUUCUUUCUCUCUCUCUCCAACUAGCUGCAUCCAAAAGUGCUUUGGUUCUGGUGCAGCGACCAUGGCUGUUGUUGUUCUUGCUGCGAUUUUGUUGGCCAUGGCUGGCCACUCAAGUGGAACAUGGUGUGUAUGCAGAGAAGGGUUAAGCGAGGCAAUGCUGCAGAAGACAUUGGACUACGCAUGUGGUGCAGGAGCUGAUUGUGUACCCAUUCAUCAGAACGGACCUUGCUUCAAUCCUAACACAGUCAAGUCUCAUUGCUCCUACGCAGUCAACAGCUUCUUUCAGAAGAAAGGUCAGUCUCAGGGGACUUGUGACUUCGCUGGCACAGCCACCGUCUCAGCCUCUGAUCCCAGCUACUCUACUUGUCCUUUCCCUGCAAGUGCCAGUGGUAGUGGGACAACGACUCCAGUGACGACAACACCUUCGACAAGAGUCCCUACAACAACUAAUACAAGACCCUACUCAAUGACACCAUCAACAGGAGGAGGAUUGGGAAUACCGUCUGGAACAGGCGGUGGUAUUAACCCGGAUUACACAGAUCCAUCCUUUGGAUUCAAACUCCAAAACCCAAGAUUUGGAUUCAUAGUCUUCUUCACUCUCUUAUUACCUUACUACUUGUUUAGCUAACUAAGUGAUAUAAUGUGGUGGGAUCAUGUGAGUGUGGGUCUCUCUAGUGUUUAAUUGAUGGAAUCUCAAAGAGAGAGAGAGAGAGAGAGAGAGAGAGAGAGAGAGAGAGAGAGAGAGAGAGAGAGAGACAUUUGGGUGUAACUUGUUUUGUUCCACCUUUGUCUGGUUUUCCAGCUGUUUCCCACUUGUCUCUGAGAAAAAUUGUACACUGUUUAAUUUGAAGACAUAAAUGUUUUAAGGUUAGCUUCA